CCACUGUAAGGUCGGCGGAGAAGCGGUGAUUGUUUAUUUUGUUCUCAGGUGGACUUGAUUGUACAUAUUGUACAUAGACAUUACUAACACUAAGAUGAACUGCAAAGAGCAUAUACCAAAAGUUACCAGCCAUGAAUUGGUUGGGAAUGAACACACUAAUUUUCUAUCGAAAAUGCCAGCUGCAACAGCAGAGCAACUAACUAUUGCUAAAAUAUUAUCCAAACCAGAUGCAGAUGUUAACCUCCGGUGUUAUGUCGUUCAGCUUCAAGAGUUAACAAAAUGUUCGGAAGAUCAGGCAGUUACUGCCUUAUAUGAUUGUGAAAAUAACCUUGAAAGAGCGGUUGAGCUAGUUCUCGAUAAAUUCCGUUGUGGUGCUGAAGAAGAAGAGUGGCAUACAACUGUUAGUAAACGUGCGAAAGCUAAGCAUUCGCAAGUGGUGACUGAGUCAACGCUUGAAACUCCUGCACUUGAGAAAAAAACCAGUCGACCUAAAGUGGAGAAACCUGCCGAAAGUAACGAAAAGGCUUCGAAGCAGAAUGGUCAUAUGUCCCCUCAAAUUAAUGUUGCCAAGAGUUCGAUCUCAAACCAAGAAACAUUCAAGAGGAAGAGUAACAAAAAACGGGAUUAUUCGAGGCCAAAUGCAGUUUCAACUGAACGAAUAAGCGUUCCGCAACAACCCUGUGCUGGUGAUGUAUGCAAUAACUCUAAGCACUUGCCAUCAGAUAGGAAAAAUAGGAUUGAGUCUGAAGUUUGGGAUCCGUAUGCCGAUCUUGGUGAGUGGGAAGGCGAAUGCAUAGAGAUAGUCAAUUCCAAUGCUUCUAUUGCUAUGGGACUUCAGGAGGCGGUAUCCCUACCACAGGAGCUUUUUGACGACUCACUAAAUUCUGAAAAAGAUAUAGAUGAAGAAUCCAGUGUGCAUGCUGAUACUGUCCAAAACAUAACUAAAGAUCCAGAAGCUUUGGAUGCAGAUUCUCUGUUUGUUUCAACUGCUAGAAGCAAGCCACCACCACGCGCUUUUACGGGAAAACUAAGUGUCCCUUUAUUCAUUGCACCAGAGCUUCUACCCAGCGAUCACUUUCACUGGAAGCCAACUUUUGGUGGUGACUCUCCAGGUUCUAAAUUCAGUCCUGUCGUGUCCGCACUUCCGAAUUCUGGACGGAUCAGCAACGAAGUAGACGAGCCACUUCUAGAAGCUACGGACCCUCAAUCUACACGAGUGGCAAAUGAUCAGGUCGAUUGCAGUCCAAAGCAAUAUUCUUUCCCUCAGAUCUCCCAGCAGUCGCAUGCUAAUGAUUUUGAACUAAAGAAUACAUCUCUUGGUAUUAUGUUGGAAUCUUCUAAACCUGAGGAGAAAGCAUGUAGUAUAACAACUGUUGCAACAACAAAGGAUGUUAUACGAUAUGCAUUUACAACAUCAUGCUGCUACUACAGCUCAAAGCAUGUUAACCCCAAAUGCAGAUUCUGCAUCCUCGGGAAACCAAUCAAUCAUAAUUUGUCAAAUCCAAUGGGUCAUGUUACCGCUGCAAACGCAGGGCUACGUCCUGAUAUUCUAACAACUGCAUUGGGUCACACUCCGCAGAUGAUGACUCCUGGGCACCCAUACUUUCCUUAUCCAGGUUUCGUGCUUAUGAACGGUUAUCCGAAUCCAUUUUUGAACCAGCAACAACCUAAUUCAGACAGUUCUCAAACUCAAAAUCCUGGUCAGUGUUCAUCACCGAUUACUCAACACCAACCACCAUCAAACCAAGCGCAGCCUUACAAUAACCUUAAACAGUUAGGCAGUGGAGUCGGAAACUAUGAAGAUUUGUUAGAUGUAAAAUAUGGUGAUCCGUCUAAACAAGUGGGUUUCAAAACUAAUUCCAACCAGCCUACUUAUGGUUCCUUUCAGUCACAAGCAAUGUCUUUGGAUAAUAUUGGCGGGAAAUUAUCUUCUGCUUCUCAUUCUAAUAAUACGUCUCUGGUUCAAAACUUUAAUCAUGGAAAUAGCAGUUCUCAUGCGCAGCACUUUUCACCACAGUUUUAUGCAUCAGUUUCUAGUUCACCAUACAUGAAUACAGUUGCUGCUGUCGUAGCAGCAGCAGCAGCCAAACAUGGAUCGAGUAAUAGUUCUGCAGUUAGUACGAAUCAGUCUAAUCUAAAUGUUGGUGUUACUGGCAACCAGGCAGGAGGAACAGGAUCUGGACAAAAUCAAAUUCAUUUAUCUGGAAAUCCAUCACAAGGAAUUGUUCUGGGUAAUGCCGGACCAAGUCUACACCAUCACCAGCGCGCUUCGAUUCCACAUCCACAACAUUAA